AUGGACGUUUAUCACGUUAGCUUAGACGUGAAGGGCGCCUACAAUGGUGUUGUGCGAGAAGUUGUACUGCGUCGAUUGCGAGAGCGACGGAUCUCUGAGAUGCUGGAUUCGAUGGAUCGAUGCGUUCUACCGGAAUUGACGCGCAACAAUCGUCGUGCUCGAACGACGAGAGGGGAAUCACUGACGCGGGACUUUCCCAAGGCUUCCCCACCGCCACCGAUCCUCUCUCUAUUUAGGAAUACAAAUCUAGUCGACACGCCGAUCACGGACCGUGAGGGGGCCGUAGCAUUUAUGGAUAACUAUAGGGCGUGGGUUGUGGGCCCACCAGCAGCCCUAGAAUGCUCGGUAGAGUUUGAUUGA